AUGUCUGGUGCUUUAGGCCCAGCAUCGAUGCCGAGCACUUCUCCAGCUUCAGUGGCUCAGGCGAUCAACUCGACCAUUUCCCAGACUACUGGACAUACCCUCCUUCCCUCGCCACGCGAACUACUCUCUCUUCCUCUCCGCGCUCUUCAUCAUGCCGAAACCUUCGCUUUCAGCACGGUUCCACGACACAUCGCCCGAAUGGCUGGGAUUGAGGAUAUGAGCUUGAACUUGUGGCCAACUGCUGCGCCAGUGGCUGGACAGGGUAUUGCAGAUGAGGCCAUGAACGCUGCCGCGGAGAUUGCGGCCGGCGCCCCCGAGGUGGUCGAACAGGUGGAAAAUUGGUACCUUGCAGAGGUCACGUCGACGAUGCGGAAGGUCGGUGGCUUCUUCGGGUAUCUAACAAGCAUCUGGUCGUUCGCAUGCUUGGUGGAGGCCUUGAUCCUGAAUAGAAUCACGAUAUACGCAUCCACGCGGCGGCACCUUCAACUGGGAUGGCAGAGACGUCUCGCAUUGCGCAUUAUUCCUAUCGUCCUUUUCCUUUCGCAAUUAUUGACAUUGACACGCGGAAUUCGAUGCCAAACAUCUCCCGACUUUGCGACAAUGCGAUAUGGCAGGCCACGGAAACCAUUGGUAUUUGACUACGCGACUGGUGGAGGAUCUUUGCAUUGGUUUGCGUCAAGUCUCUUACCAUGGGAAUCAGAUGAGCAGGCCUGCAGUGCUGUAAGGAUGGCACAAACCGCCAACGCUCCGGCUAUUCCAUAUGGAUCCUUUGCACUCCUAUGGCCAGUUUUUAUCGUCUUAUGCCUAAGCCACUUUGUGGAAACCCUUUCUUGCGCAUUGCAAGGGCGUCCUGUCAUGACUGAGACAGGGAUGUCGAUCUUCGAGCACUCUCUUGCCUUUGCUGAAGCAGAAUCUAUGAUCAGUAAAUCUAUUGGUCUUGGCAUGUUUGGCCUUGCGAAACAUAAUCCUCUUACUCAAGGCGGCAGUGGAGAUAACACGGCAUCGCCCCUUCAGCUUCUGUCAAGAGCACAAGUGCUGGAGCGCAUGAAUGUCACUCCGGAGCUUUUACUUAUUGUGUUGAUAUCUUGCUGCAACAGUCUGACAUCGCAUAUCCUGGAAGUCUUUGGUAAGCAAAGCCGAUACCGUCUUGCAAAUACUGCCUUUUGGGGGGCUUGCUUCAUGGCUGCAAUGUGCUGGGGAUUGGAGGCGGGUCCUCCAGUAAGUCUCGACACAGGUGUGCUCAAGUUCCCAACGGUCUGCAUCGUUGGGUUUAUUCCUCAUCUGCUCGUUUUAUUUGGGGUUAUCAUAUGUGUGGCAAUCUACGGGUUGGCCCUGACUAUUACCGCUUUCUCGUUGUCUCCUGAAGAUAACCACACCCUCUCUCUCCGAGAGAGAUUUAUGAUGGCGAAUGAAAACAUGCAGGGAGCAACCCAGAUUCGUAACAUUCGUUUCAACAGGCAUGAAGACUUCUACACCACUCUGCUACGUGUUGGCUACGUGGCGUUAACAGCCGCGAGCGAAGCUGUGUUCUUGAACGAAGGCAAGGCAGUGAUCGCGAGACAAAUGACUUGGCUUGAACAGGACCGUUUGGCUGAGAUCGAAGCCUCCCGAAAACGCAAUUCUUCAAGUGGGAACUGGGAAAGCCACAACAUGGGAACCACGCCUUUUGACCCUGCCAGGUUCGCUAGUUUUGAGUUGCCCGAUGAUGCUUCAGUCUGGGAAAGCGGAUAUGGCCGGGAGAAGAAGAUCGAGAAGCCUAGAAAUGGUUCACGGACGACACAAUCUCAAGCUGAACUAGGUGGCGUGGGUGCUGUUCGGUCUUCUGUCCGACUUUGGCAUGGUAUCUCUUUCUUCCGCGCCAUAUUCUGGCUUAUCGUGCGUUGGAUUGCUUGUGCUUUUAGCAGAGUGCUUGACAGGCUCGGUAUCCAUGCUCGGCCACAAUGGUUGAAACGAUUGGCCGGAUCCCGGAAUAAACGAAAGUCUGCGAAAACCCCUUCGUCAGAAUUGCUGGACUUUUGGAUUCUUACCGAUGAAGGAGUGCUUCAGCUUCCUGAGAACCAUGAUUUCGACGUCGAACUGGAAAUGAGAAAGCAGGAGAGUUCUGGAAGACAACACUGGGAACUUCCUGAUGAGAGCCGACUGGAGGAUAAGAUGUAUGGCUGGUGGAAGGCUGGUGGAUCUUGGGGCAAUCAAGAUCACACCCCUGAUUAUAGACCUCCGGUGAUCGAGGAUGACCUAACAAGUGUCAUCUCGUUUUCUACCAAUGCCUCAGAGUCCGAAUGGGAAGAUUACCCAUCGGAUGGUCGCCGCACCCCCACUCAAUCCAACCCAAAUCCUGGCUUCUCUCGCGAGACUUCACCGUUGCAAGAUUCUCAUAUGGAUUUGGAUACAUUUGCUCGUCUCCUUGAUCCUCGUGACCGAGAGAGCAGAGAGGAAGCCCGUAUCCUUGCAGCCCAUCUCACUCCUGGACAAGGAAAUCGCAUUAUGACUCGUAGCCAGUAUCAGAAGCAGGUAGAACGGGAUAGAUCUCGGGUCCUGCUUUCUUCCCGUGUACAUCAUGUCGGCUCCAAGUCGACCAUUGAAAGGCGCAAACCAAACCCCGAGGAAGAAACCGAGAUGCUUGAACAACUGAUCAUCUCUCGGCGCUCUGAAACUGCUCCUACCUCUGACGCCCAUAGUUGGGAGGAAGGCGCCAUGGGCUUGGGCCCUAACGGCCCUCCUUGUGUAGUAUGUCAAACGAGCCCUCGGUCCAUCAUUACCUGGCCAUGUCGUUGCCUUUGCAUCUGCGAAGACUGCCGGGUUAGCCUAGCAAUGAACAAUUUCGGUAGCUGUGUUACUUGUCGUCAGGAAGUCGGUGGUUUCAUGCGGCUAUGGGUUCCGUGA